CACAGCAUGUAAUGCAAACUUCAUCCUUUAAACAACAUGAAGCAGGACAGGGGUAAUAGACAAGAAUUAGCCUAGAUACAUCAUAUGGGGAAUUAUUUAGGCAAAUGUAAAGUUAAUUGUCAGCCGCACAGAAGAGGGCGCUAAUGCGAUGAGCAUCGGAUGCAAACGUACAAGAACUAAAGAAGAAGAGGAAAAGGCAUUUUGUCACCAUGGAAACCUUAAGGAGAAAAGACAGUGUGUUUCCAGAUUAACAAACCUGUCAGUUCUCCUGUUGAACAACAACUCCAUCACUGCUCUGCCUGGUGAGCUUCUCUCUCUACAAAACCUGGCGGAGCUGAAUUUGGGAAAUAACGCCUUGAAGGAGGUUCCUGCUGUUCUGGGCCAUCUGGAGUCCUUGAAGAAACUGUAUCUAUUCAGCAAUCAAAUUAAGCUAGUGCCACCUGAGGUGAUAGGUACAGAUGGCUUACAAAACCUUGUUGUGCUCAAUUUGAACCACAACCAGAUUCAAAGACUUCCGCCAGAAAUUAAAAGCCUCACUAAGCUUCAACACCUCAAUGUGCUGGACAAUAAACUGGAGGAGGUCCCUGUUGAGCUGGAUCAUCUCACCAAGUUGUCUGAGCUAAACUUGACUUCCAACAACCUGGCUUGGCUACCUCAGCAUCUGUACCAGUGUAAAGACCUAACUAAACUCCAUGUAGCCAGAAAUUGGCUGACCAGCCUACCAGAGGGAAUUAGGGCCCUGGCAAAACUCCAGGUUUUGGAUGUGGGUGGGAACAUGCUGUCCAUGUUCCCUGUUGAGUUUCACCUGCUGCCCCUGAAGGAGCUGUACUGUGAAGGCAACAGAUUUGUGCAGUGGGAGCCAGUGCCAUCAGCACAGGACGUAGAGGUGCUUACAUUAAAGGAGCUGGCUGCCAGAUUUGUCUUGCGGGAGGACAGGAACAGGUUCUCUCUGGUCCACAGGAUGCUUCCACACUACCCAUACCUUACUGCCCUCUUGGCUAAUUGUGGCUGUUGUGCGCUCUGCCUAGACCCCUUCCUCACCACCUGGCUGGAGUGUGUGCAUUUUAUCAGUCUGAGGAAGGACAUGAAAAUGCGGAGUGCGCAGACUGUUCCAGUGCGCGCCCGUCUUUGUUCAUACAAGUGUUUUAACACAGAUGGACACUCCUACUAUGGUGUUGCUACAAGAUAAAUACAAGUUCAUUAAAAAGGUUCGAGAGGUUACUUUCUGUUAGAGAGUGAGGGCAUC